GGAAGUGUCGCGCAGGCGCGUUUGGCAGAUUCGCUAGGCGGGCGCUCUCGGAGGCGGCGACCCAGCCAUUUGGGGAGCCGCAGAAGUCAUAUUCCUUUAAACCUAUUCUGAUUUUCACAGCUGCUUUGCUCCCCCUGUGGACAUGACCCCUUAGCUGGCGUUUUGCACCCCACUCACUUUGUGAUGGAGGCUUCUUUGGGGAUUCGGAUGGAUGAGCCAAUGGCUUUUUCUCCCCUUCGUGGCCGGUUUCAGGCGGAUGGCUCAUUAAAAAAACAUGAGCAGAAUUCUAAACUACCAGGUGUUAAAAAAGAUAUUGAGAAUCUUUAUGAAGCUGUGCCACAGCUUGGUAAUCUAUUUAAGAUUAAGGACAAAAUUGGAGAAGGUACUUUCAGCUCUGUUUAUUUGGCCACAGCACAGUUACAAGCAGGACCUGAAGAGAAAAUUGCUCUGAAACACUUAAUUCCAACCAGUCAUCCCAUAAGAAUUGCAGCUGAACUUCAGUGCCUAACAGUGGCUGGGGGGCAAGACAAUGUCAUGGGAGUUAAGUACUGCUUUAGGAAAAAUGAUCAUGUGGUUAUUGCUAUGCCGUAUCUGGAGCAUGAGUCCUUUUUGGACAUUUUGAAUUCUCUUUCUUUUCAAGAAGUACGGGAAUAUAUGUUUAAUCUGUUCAGAGCUUUGAAACGCGUUCAUCAGUUUGGUAUUGUUCACCGUGAUGUUAAGCCCAGCAAUUUUUUAUAUAAUAGGCGCUUGAAAAAGUAUGCCUUGGUAGACUUUGGUUUGGCCCAAGGAACCCAUGAUACUAAAAUAGAGUUUCUCAAAUUUGUCCAGUCUGAAGCUCAGCAGGAAAGCCGUUCACAAAAUAAGUCCUAUGUAAUCACUGGAAACAAAAUUUCAUUGAGUGGCCCAGCAGCACCUAAGGAGCUAGAUCAGCAUCCUACCACAAAAACUUCAGUUAAAAGGCCCUACACAAAUGCACAAAUUCAGAUUAAACAAGGAAAAGAUGGAAAGGAGGGAUCUGUAGGCCUUUCUGUCCAGCGCUCUGUUUUUGGAGAAAGAAAUUUCAACAUACACAGCUCCAUUUCACAUGAGAGCCCUGCAGUGAAACUUAUGAAGCAGUCAAAGACUGUGGAUUUACUAUCUAGAAAAUCAGCAACAAAAAAGAAGGCUAUUUCUACGAAAGUUAUGAAUAGUGGUGUGGUGAGGAAAACUGCCAGUUCUUGCCCAGCUAGCCUGAUCUGUGACUGUUAUGCAACAGACAAAGUCUGCAGUAUUUGCCUUUCAAGGCGGCAGCAGGUUGCACCUAGGGCAGGUACACCAGGAUUCAGAGCACCAGAGGUCUUGACAAAGUGCCCCAAUCAAACUACAGCAAUUGACAUGUGGUCUGCAGGUGUUAUAUUCCUUUCUUUGCUUAGUGGACGGUAUCCAUUUUAUAAAGCAAGUGAUGAUUUAACCGCUUUGGCUCAAAUUAUGACAAUUCGUGGAUCCAGGGAAACUGUCCAGGCUGCUAAAACUUUUGGCAAAUCAAUAUUGUGUAGCAAAGAAGUUCCAGCACAAGACUUAAGAAAACUCUGUGAGAAGCUCAGAGGUAUAAAUUCUGACGCUCCUAAAUUAAGUGACAUACAAGAGCUCACUUCUCAUGACCCAGCUUUUUCAGAGAAGAUGGACCAUAAAGCUGCUCACCUCAUACAAACACCUCAAGCACAGCACUCCAGGAAUUCAUUGUAUAAAGGGGACAAUGGCUGUGGGGGAAAUUUUGAUGCAUCUACUACCAGUCUAGAAGGUUGGGACGAGGUACCUGAUGAAGCUUAUGACCUGCUUGAUAAACUCCUAGAUCUAAAUCCGGCUUCAAGAAUAACAGCAGAAGAAGCUUUGUUGCAUCCAUUUUUUAAAGAUAUGUGCUUAUAAUUAUUGUUCUUUAAUGUUUGCUGUUGUGUGUUGUGAGGUGAGGUGAGAAAGAGUUAUUUGUAGUAGCCGUAAAUUCUUGAUUAGAGACCACGUUAGGGAGAAUAAUUUAUUUAAAAAUGUUAGUAUUUGCUCUCCUGGCAGAUUGUAAAAUAUGGAUUAAGAUUACUUAAGAUGCCUAGAAUACUUCUUGGACUAACAAAAUGAUCUUUGAGUUAGGUCUACCUGAGUAGAAUCAGAUCUUUCAUUUUCCUAAUUACUUGUCACUGCCAUAUGUAGAAAUUGGAGCAAUUUUAGCCUAGUACAUAGGGGUUCAAGGUAUGAGUCUUAAAAUUAAGGGUUGUGACGGGUUAAAUGAGUUAAAAGACUUAGUUUACUGGUUUCUUUGAGCUAUAUGUACUUUUGGAAAACUCAACCUAGUACUUUUGGAAAAAACAACCUAGUUUUGAAAAACUCAACCUUCUUUACCUACUAUUCUGUAGGUAAAGAAGAUAAUGUCCUUUUCUAGAGGCAUGUAUGAUACCUUUUUUGAACACUAAAACAAUGAGAAAAUAUUGGGGGUGAUAUUACUUAAAAUUGAAUUUAGUUUAUUCAUUUUUUUAAAGUAUUUUGUGAAAGCAUUUUUUUGUGUGAAUUGCCAUGCUUUUUCUUAAUGGUUUCUCGCUUGAUUUUUCUGCCUUCUCUACCCCCACCUAACACAUUCUCCUUGGAAAUCUUACGGUGCUUUCCACAAGGUUUCUGGGUGCUUUGUUAAAUAUUGCUUGUGUUCACAGUUGGGAAAUUAAAAUAAUGCAUUCACUAGUUGAUAAAGGGAAGCUGCAGGACCAAGGUAGAGAUCAGUAGUCCAAAAUGCUUUUCUUUUUCUCUGAAUGCGUAUGGUUUUUUUUCAUACCAGCUUAGAUAUAAUUAGGAAGCUGCUAAAAGGAGAAGUGAACACAGAAUUGAGAAUAUUAUUGGAGAUUUUCCCUCUGCCUAGAGCCAUUCAGAUCUCUAUAUCCUGUUUUGACUAAGUUGGUCCUGCUCAGAGAAGGAUGCUUACUAGAAUCUUGGGUAGGUUGGAAAGAGUGCUAAUGAAGUAGGCAGAGUAGAAAAGGAACUAAGACAGCGGUUUAUAUAUUAUGAUGUUCCAAAAUGAUAUAUACAUUAAUAACAGUAUAUCAGAUUUAUAUGGGAAAUAAGUCUGCAAGUGUAGGUCUGCUGAGAAGUUUCUUACUUUAGUAGUCAUAGGGUAUAAUACAGCUAAGGGAGAUAGAACAUUUGUUGUGUUGUCUUGAGCAUUGAAGUUAGUAUGUCUUGUCUAUACUUCAUUUGGCAAGUAUUAUACAUAUAUACUGUUACCAUUGAUCUGCUGUCUCCUCGUGCUGUAAUCUUUUUUGGAAAAAACUUGAAUGUUCUUGAAUUUGUAUGUUUAAUAAAGUCCUCUUUUUGUAUUUUUUA